AUGUCUCAAACAAGCGUUACCUGUACCACGCGGACCAUGUCCACUCUCAAAUCCUCGAAAUGCCUGAGCAUCAAUAAUAUGAACCCUUCCAUCAAAGCGGCCAAGUACGCCGUGCGCGGUGAAUUGGCCGUCAAGGCUGAAGAAUACCGCCACCGUUUGGGUCAAGGCGACAAGUCGUUGCCCUUUGACAGUGUAAUCUUUGCCAACAUCGGCAACCCUCAGCAGCUAGACCAGAAGCCCAUCACCUUCUUCCGCCAGGUACUCAGUCUAGUUGAGAACCCGCUUUUGCUGGACAACUCCGAGGCUCUCAAGACCUCAUUCGGAUAUCCUCAAGACGUUAUUGACCGUGCCACAACGCUGCUAGCUGAAAUCCAGAGUGCUGGAGCUUACAGUCACAGUCAAGGUGUGCCAGCGAUUCGCAACAGCGUUGCCAAGUUCAUUGAAGAGCGUGACGGCUUCCCUGCCAAUGCGCAGGACUUGUUCUUGACCGCUGGCGCUUCUUCUGGCGUCAGCACCCUUCUGAGUGUCAUUUGUAAUAGCCCUAAUGCCGGUGUAUUGGUUCCCAUCCCCCAGUACCCUCUUUAUACUGCAACCCUUGCGCUUUUGAAUGCGCACUGCGUCCCUUACCUGCUUAAUGAGCAGAAAGCGUGGGGCACAGACAUUGAUGUCAUGCACCAAUCUAUGAAGGACGCCAAGGCUGCCGGCAUCGAAGUCCGCUCCGUCGUCGUUAUCAACCCCGGUAACCCGACAGGAGCCUCGCUCAGCGCAGACGAUAUUAAGAAGGUUAUCGAUAUUGCCGCUGAGGAGAGCCUCGUCAUCAUCGCCGACGAGGUGUACCAGACCAAUGUCUUCACUGGCGAGUUCAUCUCUUUCAAGAAGCGUCUCCGCCAGCUGCAGCAGGAACAACCUGGCAAGUACGACGAUGUCGAGUUGGUAUCCCUACACAGCAUUUCCAAGGGUAUGGUUGGCGAGUGCGGCCAUCGCGGUGGUUACUUCGAGCUGGUCGGCUUUGACCCGUUGGUUCAAGAGCAGGUUUACAAGCUCGUUAGUAUCGGACUUUGCCCACCGGUCGUGGCACAGUGUCUGCUCGAGACCAUGGUCAACCCUCCCAAGGCCGGCGAUGCCAGCUUCGAGGUCUACAAUGAAGAAUAUACUAAGAUCGAAAGUGGUCUUCAAAAGCGUGCCCUCGCUUUGUACGAUGCCUUCCAGCGCAUGGAGGGCGUUGAAUGCCAAAUGCCCCAGGGCGCCAUGUACCUUUUCCCCACCAUCAACCUCCCAGCCAAGGCCAUCGAAGCCGCCAAGGCCGAAGGUCGCCCCGCUGAUGAAUUCUACUGUCUCCGCAUGCUAGACGCAACCGGUGUAUGCGUCGUUCCAGGAUCUGGAUUUGGUCAGAAGGAGAACACCCUUCACUUCCGCACUACCUUCCUUGCUCCCGGCACCGACUGGGUCGAGCGCAUUGUCAAGUUCCACGCCGAAUUCCUGAAACAGUACGAGUAG